AAGCACUGGGUACAGUCAGAAGCGCGGGAUGGUGAGAGAAUUCACCAGAGCCACAGUGGGGAACAGAACAGACAGACUGACGAAAUACACUGCUGAGGGGAGCAGCGGGCGCGGCAGGAGAGGACCAACUGUAGAACUGCGCCAAAGAAAAAAGCCAAAGCCUUCAGAAAAUAAGGAAUCCGCCAAAGAAGAGAAACUCAAUGUUACUUCAAUUCCUGAAAGAGCUCCAAGAUAUGUAUUAUUUCAGCGCUUUGCAAAGAUUUUCAUUGGCUGUCUUGCAGCAGUUACUAGUGGAAUGAUGUAUGCUCUCUACUUAUCAGCAUACCAUGAACGGAAAUUCUGGUUUUCCAGCAGGCAGGAACUUGAAAGGGAAAUCACAUUUCAAGGCGACAGUGCCAUUUAUUACUCUUAUUAUAAAGAUAUGUUAAAGGCACCUUCAUUUGAAAGAGGUGUUUACGAAUUGACUCACAAUAAUAAAACCAUAUCUCUGAAGACUAUAAAUGCAGUGCAGCUAAUGUCUCUAUAUCCAGAACUUAUUGCAAGCGUUUUAUAUCAAGCAACUGGUAGCAAUGAGAUUAUUGAGCCAGUAUAUUUUUAUAUUGGCAUUGUUUUUGGAUUGCAAGGAAUAUAUGUUACUGCUUUAUUUGUUACAAGUUGGCUUAUGAGUGGAACCUGGCUAGCAGGAAUGCUUACUGUUGCAUGGUUCAUUAUAAACAGGGUAGAUACAACAAGAAUUGAAUAUUCUAUUCCUUUAAGAGAAAACUGGGCACUGCCAUAUUUUGCAUGCCAAGUUGCUGCCCUUACAGGAUAUUUAAAAAGCAACAUGAAUACUUACGGAGAGAGGUUUUGCUACUUGUUGAUGAGUGCUUCAACUUACACCUUUAUGAUGAUAUGGGAGUACAGCCACUAUCUCUUGUUUCUCCAAGCAAUAUCUCUGUUCUUACUAGAUAGUCUUUCACUGGAGCAAAGUGACAAGGUUCAUGAAGUUUAUAAAAUCUAUAUAUUCUCUCUCUUUCUGGGAUAUUUACUGCAAUUUGAGAAUUCAGCUUUAUUGGUGUCUCCUUUAUUAAGUUUAGUAGUCGCUUUAAUGUUUGCUAAGUGCCUUCAGCUGAAUGUGAAGAAAGGAACUUUUGUAGCCAAAAUAAUGAAAGUGAUUAAUUUUUAUCUGGUGUGUACAGUGACAGUGACAUUGAAUAUUAUAAUGAAGAUGUUUGUCCCACACAAAGAAAAUGGGCAUAUGUUGAAGUUCCUUGAAGUAAAAUUUGGACUAAAUAUGACUAAGAAUUUUACAAUGAAUUGGCUCCUAUGUCAAGAAACCCUGCAGGCACCCUCUCAAGACUUUUUUUUGAGAUUAACACAGUCUUCUUUAUUACCCUUCUAUAUUUUAGUGUUAAUUAUUUGUUUAUUUUCUGUGAUGCAAGUUAUUUUUAGGAGGAAUAAUGGUAAGUCACUGAAAGAAGCUGUUACUCUUGAAGAUGGACGAAUUGGAGAACGGCCAGAAGUAAUUUUUCAUGUGAUUCACACUAUUUUAUUUGGCUCUCUUGCAAUGAUUAUGGAAGGCUUGAAAUAUCUCUGGACUCCUUAUGUGUGCAUGUUAGCAGCAUUUGGUGUGUGCUCUCCUGAACUUUGGAUGACGCUUUUCAAGUGGCUUCGGUUGCGAACUGUACACCCCGUAUUGUUGGCGCUAAUUCUGAGCAUGGCUGUGCCAACUAUAAUAGGUCUCAGCUUAUGGAAAGAGUUUUUUCCAAGAUUAAUGACAGAAUUAACGGAACUACAAGAAUUUUAUGACCCAGAUACAGUGGAACUUAUGACGUGGAUAAAAAGACAAGCUCCAGUUGCAGCUGUGUUUGCAGGGAGCCCACAAUUAAUGGGUGCAAUUAAAUUAUGUACUGGGUGGAUGGUGACAAGCUUGCCUCUUUACAAUGAUGAUGAUCUUCUCAAGAGAAAUGAAAAUAUCUAUCAAAUCUAUUCAAAGCGGUCUGCUGAGGAUAUUUAUAAAAUACUGACAUCAUACAAAGCUAAUUACUUAAUUGUAGAGGAUGCUAUCUGCAAUGAGGUUGGAACCAUGAGAGGCUGUAGGGUUAAAGAUUUAUUAGACGUUGCAAAUGGCCAUGUGGUUUGUGAAGAAGGUGACAAGUUAACCUACUCAAAAUACGGGCGAUUUUGUCAUGAGGUCAAAAUUAACUAUUCUCCAUAUGUGAAUUACUUCACUAGAGUAUACUGGAACAGAUCCUACUUUGUAUAUAAAAUCAACACUGUGAUAUCCUUUCAGUCUUGAAAAAUAGCAGAGCCUUCAUUUCAAAGACUUAUACCAACUGAAGGAAAAAUUUUUUCUUCUACCUACGUGCUAUCUUUUGGAAAUAGAAUAUGGACAUUUAAAAUGUUGCUGCUGCUUUUCCCCUAUUGAUGUUAACUGGAUCCAGAGUUCUGGAGGGGAAUAGAAAAUCAAGCAUUACUGUCCUUUGGUAAUAUAUCAGCUCUAGCACUCUGCAAUAUUAUAGCCUGAUGUUUUCCUUGUUGUUACAUGGUAUUUAAAGUUUUUACCUUCUAAACUGUUGUGGAAUUUUCCUCAUAAAUUUUCCUUCUGUCAUAACAUUGAUACUGAAUUUAAAUAUGUUCAAGGUUAGAUUAUAUCUCUCAAACAUAACAUUUAAUAAAUACUUACUGUGAUAUAAUUAAAGAAUAGAAGGAAAGACUUAUUCUCAAGGCAGUUUCUGAAAAGUUUUCAUGGUUUAUAAUAGAAGUGAAUAAUUACAAUAAAGAACUAAUUUAAAUGUUAGCGAAAAAGUAUGGCAUUUAAAUUAAAAUGGAAAUUAUGUAAAGAAAAUUAUUUUUAAGGAUAUAUGUAUAAAGAUAUAUCCAGAUUUUUCAUAAUACUGUUUUCAUCAUCUGCUGCUUAUGUAAAAGUGAGCACUUUGUUAGUAAUAUAUAGUGCAUGAUACUGCAUUUUAUUAUUUUAUGACUGUCUAUUAAGUGGUAGCUUUUUCACUUAAGCCCAUAAAUUGGAUACUAAUUUAAUCAUGAUAAAACAGUAACUGUUAUUACCUAUAUAUAUUUUUAAAAUAGACAUUUAAAAGAUGGUUCAGAUUUUUAAGAAAUAUGGAAUGGAGUGUAUAAUCUAUUCACAUGUUUUCUACUGAACUAUUAAGGAAAAAUUACAUCUUUUUCAGAAUAAAAAUAUGUACACUACAAUGAGCAAAAAUUUCUGGAGAUAAUGAACAGAUGCUGUUAAACAUACCUCUGCCACAGAUAUAUUUACUAUAAAACACGUGCUUUUAUUUAUGAAACUGUGACAGUAUUCAAUAUUAUUAAUGAUAUGACAAUUAUAAUGAAAUUCACAUCACAGUUUCACUGUCUAAAUGUUGUGUUCCUUUAAGUUAAACACUUAAUAUUUUAAAUCCUUAAUUAAAAUCCUAAGUGAUUAAUGUGAACUUACAAAAAGAGACUCAGAAGGGGACUGGAGGGAGGGGAGAUCUUUUUUGUUAUUUUUGGAUUUUCAAGCAUUGGAACCAAAGGCCAAACAAUAAACAGCCAUUAUUUUUAAUAAAUAGAUUGAAGAUAGAUGUACCAUUUUAAUACUACAGGAUAUAUGUUUCGUUUCAUCUUGCAUAUCUGUUUAGUGAACAGGUUUUCUAGAUUUUCACUUGUUUAGAGUGCUUUAAAAAUUAUAGUUUCAGUACUCUAAACUAUUACAUUAGAAAGGAGUAUCUUUCCAUUGUCUUUAUUUUAUGUGUAUAUGUAUAUAUACUUAAAGUACAAAAGCACAAGUAUUCUUAGACUAACUAGGUGCUCUGCUCUUUUGGAGCUGAAGAAUUGUGUGAUGACAGUCAUAUAUCUGGUACAUUCACCUUUUUGGGUCUCAUUUCAUGCUUUUAUAUGUAUUUUCUAACAAUUUAAGAUAACUGCAAGCAAAGAUAUUUCAGGUUCUGUGUACAUCUUAGUAGUGAGUUAUUAGUAUUUAGCUCUAAGCCUUAUGAAAAUAUGACUAGUUACCUGAGUACACAGUACAUAGUCGUGCUUGUGAUUAGAGUACGUCAUUUAAAAGUCAGCUUGCAUAUUUUGAAAGGGAGCUAUACUGCCCUACUUACGUAGCAUGAAAUAUUUGUGGUUUUGGUUGUUUUUUUUUUUUUGAUUUAUGUUUGAUCAGUUAGUUUUGCUAAAUUAGUUUUGAUUGUUGUGGGCUUUUUUGUUUUUAUUUUUGACAUAUUAGUUGUUUUUGCUUUUGUCAAUUUAUGUCUUAAAUAAAGUAGAUUUGGAGUUUUUAAUUGAAUUUCUUAAAUAAUGACAUUUUCAUCAUCAUCAGUUGGAAAGAAAAAUAUAAACUUUAUUAUAGAAAUAAUACUGGAAAUGAGAGAAGCUUAUUUGCUUCUAUUUUAACUAUUUAGAACUAUAUUACAAGAAAACUUUGAGAAUCAUUUAAUUUCUUUACUUAUAUGUAAAGUAACACAUAAUUAGAAAUUCUGUAACUCCCAGUUCUAUUUGGGUAACUUAGAAUUGGCAGAUUUGACAAUAGAGAUCUAUUAUGAAAGGAACAAAGUUUAUGGUUUUUGAAGAAAUACAAAGCAUACUUUCCCCUUUAUGUUGCAAAGCAAUUCAAAUAAGUGCCUUAAUUCCUUUAUUUCUAAGUUUACUUUUUAUUUUCAAAAAAAAUUACUUCUUUUCCAUUGGAAAAUUUGGUAACUUUUUACCAAACUUAAUAACUUUGCUUAUUAGGUAUGGAGAAAGAGUACUCACAAUGUUGUUUUUAGUUUUAACAUUUAUUCUUUAAUAAUAAAUCUUUGUUAAGGGUAGAGAUGGAAUUUCUAGUCUAUAAAUUUAAGUUAUUUAGCUUCCUAAAUAGCAAACAUUUCAAUAAAAAUGAAAACUUACUUGAUAAGUUAUAUGACUCUGUGCUGGUUUAUAUUUUUUCUAACUUCAGCAUUUGUAUCUUGGUGCUUUUUGUUAGAUUGGUAAAGUUUUAACAACCUAAGGAGUAUGCAUUGUAUUUCAGAACGAAGCUGGUAUUUUUGUUGGUAUUUUUUAUAUAUUUAGACAGGGUUUUUUUCUAGGACAUUAACCCAAAUUGCCAGUAGCUUUGGUGUGGCACUUUUCCCUACAGUACAGACUAAUUCAUGGAAAAGCAGAAGUGGACGUCAAAGUGUGUUACAAAUAGGCCUGAAAAAUAUGAUUUUUUUAAAAAGUAGGAGUUAAUUUCUUGAAGGGCACAGGAAUAGCCAUCUUAUUAAAUUGUUUUGUUUUUGAGAAAUCACCUGUUUCUGACCCUCUCUAUUUUGAAGUAUUGAAACAUUUUCAUGCCUUUUGUGGGUAAAAAUAGUGCCUCUUUUUAUGUAAUUGGUGGGGUUUCUUAAAGUUUGGUAUGUCAAACUUUUUAGUAAACUUAUUUUAAAUACACAAAUAUUUAAAGAGCACAUGCUAAGAAUUAUCUGUAUAUUUAGGAACCUUUUGUAAAGCAAAUAACUACUUCCUGAUUUACAUCUCAGUAUAGUCUCUUUAAAUUUAUUAGUUUUUAAAAUGCAGUCUCUGUUGUUGCUAUUUGCUAAUAGUUUUAGAUUCUAGUAAGUAUUAAAAAUACUGCAAAUAAAGCUAAAUAAUUUCUUUCGGAAAUAAUAGCUCAUUAAGUUUCUGAAUGUGUAAGGCAAACAUUAGAUAAAAUUAGAUCUAAGAAUUGCAAAGGAAUGUAUUUGACUCAACUAUUUGGUGCAUUAAGGUUUCUAAAUAUAAUACUUAUUUUCCAUAAUUUUAAAAAAGGGGACAUUUUGAAACCAGAUUUGCUGAAUGUAGUUGUCAUCCUUUGCACCUUUGAAUCAGUUCUAUUUAUAUAAGUCUCUUAGAAUCUACAUUUUAAUAAAAAAAAUAAAGAAUUUGCAAUAUUUUAACCUUGGCAAAUAUAAUCCUAUGAUGGUUUUACAAUACACUGAACAUCUGACCACUAUAUGUAUAUUUAGUGGAAUAAUGGUAUCAGAAUGAGACUUGAAUUCCAAGCUUAUAGCUUGGAAUAUCUCAUAAACAACUCAUAUUUUAUAUUAUUCACUUCACGUAGCUGUUUAGCAGAGAUGAUUACAAUUGUUUUUAUGUAUGUUGACUUCUAAAUCAUAUCUAUGACAAUGUAUAUUUAGAUUAAAUGUAUUCCUCAUGUAAUUAAGGUUAAAUCUUUGCAAAAGGAUAAAAAGUAGUUUUAAUAAUUAUAAACCCUUUAAAAAGAGUUGGGUGAAAAACUAGUUUACCUCAGAUUUUGUAACACUAAAUGUACUUUUAUCAACUUCAUGCUUUAAUACACUCUUUGUUUCCAC